AUGGCGAGUCUUUUAUUAGAUCUAUUGAAGAAAAGACCCAAAAUAUUAUCAAAUAAUAGUAAUAAUCACGGUGGUAGCAUUAAUGGUUUAAAAAAUGUACCAAACCAUAAUAACACCAAUCUUGCUAAUAGAAGUAAAAAUGUAAUAGAUCCAAAGAUUCACUCUCCCUCCAACAAUGCUCUGCAUAUACAUACAGAUUGUACUUUAAAAUUAAUAAACCCCCCAGCAACUUAUAAACCAAAUGAUGUAUUAUGCGGAGAGGUACAUUUAAAAUUACAACAGGAUAUAGCCAAUAUUCAAUUGAUUUUAAUUUUUGAAGGAGAAAUCACAUUAAAAGUCAAGCGAGCUUCACAUGUUAUAACCAAAUGUGAUCAUAAAAAAUUGUUUUAUAAAAAAAUUACACUUUAUGGCAGUAAUAAUAAAAGUGCUGCUGAUUUUGAUACAAAUAACGAAUGCAUACUUAAUGGUUUGACAAAGGGUGAACAUAUUUUCCCAUUUAAAAUUAAAAUACCCGGCACUAAUAAUAAUAAUAGUAAUAACAAUACCGACAAUAAAUACAACAAACGAAUAUAUACUUCAAUUAAUUUCGAAAAAGGAUCAAUAAGUUAUUCCCUAACUGCACAGCUCGAAUCCCUGUCAAAUAACGGUCAUUCUCACAGCAAUACCAGUAAAACUUUGGGCAUUUUAGACAAUAAUCAAGAAAGGGGGAAUGAUGAAAACAAAGAUGCUAAUAAUAUUUAUUGUAACACUGAUGAUUCUAGGAGUAACUUAUUUUCGAACCAACAUCAUGUGGUCUAUGCAAAGGCAACAAGAAACAUAGCGAUUUUGUCACCAUUAGAUGUUUCCUCUUAUGAUAAACCGAAUACAAAAACUAUAUAUUUACAAUUUUCACCUUCAAACACGCUGUUAUUAUUCGAACCAAAACGGAAACUGAAAAGUAAAAACAAACUAGAUAAUUUAGAUGGUGUUUCAAGACGCACUGCAGCUACAGUCGAUACCACGUCAAGAUUGCCUGUAGUAAACAUGGGUUCAGUUGUAAGUAAGGCUAUCUCAAAAAAAAAUGAUAAAACUAAUGGUGGCAAGGUCAAUAUUGGUUACAAAGAGAGUAAAAAUAGUAGUAGUAGUAGUAUCAGCGAAAAUAAUGCCGAUAAUAAUAAAAACAAGAGAACCAUUGAAAUUAGCAUUGGGAUGGAUAGAUCAGGAUUUAUUUUAGGUGAAGAAUUUCCAAUUAAUAUACACAUAAAACACUAUAAAAGUUAUAUCCAUCCAAUAGGUGUAAUUGCAACCUUGGUAAGGAUAUGUAAGGUUAAUACUGGGAGUGUCAUUGAAACUUUUAGGAAGGAUUUAUGUCAAAGUAUUUUACCAAUACUAACAAAGAAAACACCAGAAAAUGAUUGUGCUGACAAUGAACAGAACGAACAUGAGCAACGUUAUGAGUAUAAUGAGAAGCUAUGGCUAAAAAUCCCAAAUGCUUGUUUCCCUACAUUGAUAUUGGACGAGAAUUGUUGCAACUUUUUCAAUUUUCAAUAUUAUGUUGAGAUUUUGUUUAAUUUGUCUUCUAAAAACGAAGUUGUAACUGAAAGCAACCAAGUUUUGUUUAAUGGGGAUCAAGCCACAAUCACUUCUUUGCAUCAUCGUUUUUCUCAGCAGAACAAUAACCGUGAUACUACUACUUCUACUGGUACCGGUUAUAGCACCAUGAUUGCUAAUAACAAUGGUACAAAUCGUACCAACAAUGAUGAUAUUAUAGUAUUGCAAAAAUGUAAUUUGUCCAACAGAUCGGUGAACGAUUAUCAUUCUAUCAUAGAUGAUCCGAUGAGGGUUAUAUUUUACCAAGACUUAAUCAAUAUUGACCAAUUAAAAAAAUUAAAAAAUGUGACUGGUAUGAGCCUUGAGGUAAUAGUGGGGACCCAUCGAAACCCCACAAUCUGUAAAGAGAAUGAAAAUACAUCACAUGGUAAUGUUUCCCCCGCUACCAACAACAAUAGUAACGAUAUCCUUACCAAUAAAAAUUGUUUGGACAAUAUAUAUGAUCAAUUAUUAGCAUCAAACGGUUGUUAUGAUAAUGGCAAUAAUGAAGAUAUAAAUGUAUCAGACAAAUAUUCUUGGAUAUUAAAUAACACCAUACCAAAAUAUGCAUUACCAUCCUUUGGAUCAUCUUUCGAAAACAGUAACGGUUAUGAAGGUAGCAAUACAUCCAUAAUCGUGGAUGAUAAAAAGGAGUUAGAAAGAAAGAGAUUACAAAUGUUUGAAAGUGAGCCACCUUCUUCGUAA